AGAGAAGGCAGGUCGCCUGCAUAAACAGGGGAGGAAAUCAUGUUUUGAGGAUGCACCAAGAAGAUACAAACACUCUCAACUGCGCUCGCCUUCGAAUUAAAGCGCGCAUUUCUACCGUGCUCGCGUGAAAGCUGCCUUUUAUUUGCUUUGCUUUUGCUUGUACGACAGCUCUUCUUUUCAGGAGGAGAGGGGGUUCUUUGUUUCUGGUGGGAGAUGAGCUGAUCGCUAUCCAACUACACCCAUACGGACUCACAUAUUAUCAUACGCAACUUAUACGUCAACAACACGAAGAAAAGCCCAUUUCGUUCCAUGGCUUUCUUUUCUCGUGAUACACCGUCCUCUCCUGGUGGGGAGGGCGGUGCGCGGAGGACUGCCCCGGCGGACUACUUCAAGUCCAGAGAGGUUUACCGCAGCGAGCGCGGCCUCAUCCUCGUGGACGCCUUCCGCUUUGUCGAGCAUUCUUACAUCUCCUGCUCUGUCUCUUACCAGUCCCCUCGAGCAGAAGCGCACGUAGUGAAACUCGAAAGUGCAGCAGACCAGCGGCAGCGCGCACCUCGCAAAUUUUUCUUCCUUAGCCACUUCCAUUCGGACCAUUACACGGGCAUUCGGCGCACGUGGCACACCGACACGAUCUACUGCAGUCGCGCCACGGCGGCCCUCACGCAGUCCGAACUAGGCGUUUCAAGCGCGUGUCUGUUCCCGAUGGACAUGCACGAAACGUACGUUUUUUCACUGCAGACCGGCGUGUGCCUUGCAUGCGUGCCGGAGACGCCGCUGCACCCACGCGUACAGGCGAUGCUGCGUGGUGCUCCGUCACCUCCUUCGACACCCACCACCACUACAAGAAUAGGCCACGUGGAGCAGGAGGACGUGUUCGCCGUACGCCUCAUCCCCGCAAACCACUGCCCCGGCGCGGCCAUCUUCUUUUUCGUAUCGCCUCUGUUCGGUACGGUGGUGCACACCGGCGAUUUCCGCUUCAACGGGUCGCAGCGACGUUGGCGGGAGGCGGUCUGCGCGCCUGGCCACCGCACCUACGUCUCCAUUCCGCAGCUCCAGCAACAGGCGCGGGUCUCCACGUCGUCUGUCAUUGCCGAUGUCCCUCCGCUGCCGCCGUACGAGCAGUUUAUCGAGGACGACGUCGCCCUGCGCGAGGUCGCUGAGAAGGAGGCGCUGGAUGUGCUCUUCCUCGAUAACACCUUCUGCGGUCCUCCGUACAAAUUCCCCACGCAGUGGGAGUCUACGCAGACGGUGGUGUGCGUGUUACAUUCGCUGUUGAACCGCGCGGCGAGGCGGCAGAAAGACGCAGCAGACGCCGCUUCGUCAUCGCCGUCACCACCACGAACGUGUGUGCGCUGUGCGGUGCUUGUAGGGUGCUACACGAUCGGGAAAGAACGUGUGGCACUGGCGAUACGCGACGCCUUUCCCCGUGCCCUCUCACAGCCGUCAGCCUCUGAUGGAGACAAGGAAGACGCCAAGCAGCGCAACUGGCGUAUUUAUGUGUCACCGCGGCGCUACGCAAUGCUGGCCGCCACGAACUUUUUUCCGUCUUGUUUUGAAGCCUUGCGGUCCUCCGCCGCUGCGACGCCGAAGAAGGAAGGUGCAGCACUCGGUGAUCCCAACGACGCCCUUACGGAUAAUAGUAAUAGUGCGGGUGUUCCCUUUGCAGUGGUGGAGGACACACCAGUUCAAUUGCCGGUGCUUCUGCAGUCUCAAACGGCGCAACGCAUGUGGGCCGAGGCGCAAGCCACAGGUACGGGUCGCACGAAUGACGUUGAAAGCGACGAGAUGCCUCAUUCACUCACGCGUGUGGCCGCACCUACGCCGGAGAUGCGACGCUCCCUGGCAGCGGACUCCAGAACUGAGGUCUCGGACACACCCGACUCCCCACUAUCUAGCAAACCUCGCGGCGACGACGACACGCAGUAUUUGCUGAGUGUAUUCCUGGUCUCCAUGGCGAACGUCGGCUACCAGUCGGUGGCGGCGCUGGCGCAGAAAGGGCGCGACGCUACGGUGUUACUAGAGGACAACCUACGGCUAGACUUGUCGCCCUACGACUGCGUGCUGCUAGUUGAGCCGACGGGUUGGUGCAAGCGGGACAGCACGCGUGAAAUCAACCACAAGUUGACGCUGCUGAAGGUGCCCUACAGUGAGCACUGCGGCUUCCAGGAAAUGGUGCGCUUUGUGCAGUUUGUCAACCCACGUCGGGUGGUGCCAACCGUCUCGGAGGACGCUUUCAAGGCGCACGAGGUCUUCUUCGUGGAGAAAGCCCCACGGCUGCGCAGCCGAGUGUCGAAUGUGCAGCCCAUCACCCGCUUCCUCGCCAGCGCGCCCAUCCCAAACAGUACGGAGAGGGUCGAGGUGGAAAAGGAGACGGCAAAACACAACGUGGGGGAACGGUCUCGUAGCGGCACUGCAGCAUAUGUCAGUAACGGCAGUCACGUUUCCACUACUACGACUACCGCGACGACGGCGGCGGUCACGAACGUGCGUACAAACCCGCGGGAGCGUCGUGCCAGUGUGAGGCACAUGACCGCAGCGACCAGUGUGUCUUCGUCUACAGUCGUUCCCUCGGGCCAGCUCUCUGCGCCUUCGGUGGGGGAGAGUGAAGAUGAACUGUACCCUUCUCUGACAGGGAGCAAACAAGAAGAACCUUAUAGGAACGCGACAAACUUCAGAAGGUCGGCAAAUGAAGAGCGAAAGCGUUCGCAACCGGCUGAGGGAGACACGUCUACCGCAGCUGCGGAGACGUCGUCUGCCGCACAAACACUAGACCGGCUGUUUCAGCGCGUCAAGGUGGACGCCGUGAGGCGUGGGAGUCAAGCCGCGUCGAGGUUGACAGGGAAGACCGGCCCCCCUCACUGCAGCAACGACCAGAACUCCAGCGAAGACGAUGAGGACUGUCAGCUAGUACAAAUAGUGCAAACGGUGGUUGAGAUCAGCGAUGAUGAUUGA